AUGGCGUCUAAAACCAAUGCGAUGAAGCAGGAGCAUCAGCUGAGAGAGAGAAUAUGUGCUACUGCGAAGCUGGAUGAUAUCUACAUGUUUGGUGGGAAGCUGGAGUCCGGCUCCGGGAACGUAACAGAUGAACUGUGGCUGUUUGAUACACGUAGCCGGUCUUGGUCCCUCAGAACACCCAGCCCUGGGCUGCAGGUCCAACCCUUCGCCGUGGAGGGACAUACCGCUCACAUAGUGGACACUAGGAAUGGAGAACCCAUCAUGGUGGUGCUUUUUGGCUAUUCACCCAUUUACAGCUACCUCAGCCACAUCCAGGAGUACAACAUUCGUAAGAGAAUAUGUGCUACUGCGAAGCUGGAUGAUAUCUACAUGUUUGGUGGGAAGCUGGAGGCAGGCUCCGGGAACGUAACAGAUGAACUGUGGCUGCUUGAUACACGUAGCCGUUCUUGGUCCCUUAGAACACCCAGCCCUGGGCUGCAGGUCCAACCCUUCGCCGUGGAGGGACAUACCGCUCACAUAGUGGACACUAGGAAUGGAGAACCCAUCAUGGUGGUGCUUUUUGGCUAUUCACCCAUUUACAGCUACCUCAGCCACAUCCAGGAGUACAACAUUCGCACUUACUCCUGGUCGGUGGCUGAGACGAAUGGGGCGCUAGUGCAAGGAGGAUAUGGCCACAGCAGCGUUUAUGACAGCUCCUCACAUUCCAUAUAUGUCCACGGAGGAUACAAAGCCCUUCCUGCCAACAAAUACAGCCUAGUGGAUCAUUUGUACCGCUAUCAGGUCCACACGCACACCUG